AUGUAUUCCUCAACACCGUUUCGGCAUGCCGGGAUGGACCUUGCAGAAGAUGAGUUCAAAUUCUACCCCGAGACCGCGGCCAAUGCGCUCUCAUUCCAAGAGGUGUGCGAAAACCUGCUGGAGAAGAUGGCAAACCAGAAGGGCAGCAACAAGAAGAUCGCUGUUUUGCUUCCGUUUCUGGGACGGAUUGGGAAGGAGAGCUCCUUUCCGCUCAUUCGCCUCCUCCUGCCCGAGCUGGACAACCUGCGUGACAAGUACGGCAUGAGAACGGCCAAGAUGGCUUCGCUCUUUGCAGACCUUUACUUCCCCAACAACAAGAAGGGAGAGGGGUACUUGCGGCUGCAGUCGUACACCGAUCCCGACAGAAACUCUUCCCCGGGGGACAAGAGAUGGCAGGUCACAGGAGAUCUUGCCCUGACGCUGGAGUACGUGCUCACUGAGAGCAGAUUUGGCAUCAAAGCCGUGGAUGCGACAACGUGGACCAUCAGAGACGUGAACGACGCGCUAAGCGAUCUGGCCAAUGCGCCGAACGACCAGAGACGCAAGCAAGUGCUCACCAGGAUUCGGACCAACUGCAGCCCGAUGAACCAGAAGUGGAUCGCUAGGAUGAUCCUAAAGAACCUCAAGAUCAACAUCAAGAAGGAGGUGCUCAAGAAGUUCCACCCCGGCGCGUUGGACUACUACAACCGAACCACCAGUCUUCGACGGGUAUGCAGCGCCUUCAUCGGUAAACACAGCUCCGUUACGGCAACUUUCAACCUCGAGGUGUUCACGACUUUUUCUCCCAUGCUGGCGAUGAACUUCUUCUACGGCCUUGGCAAGAUUGUGCCAAGCUUGCAGGGGCGGCCGUUCUGCAUGGACGUCAAGCUCGACGGGGAGCGCAUGCUGUGCCAUCGGGAGGGAAACAAGGUCAAGUGGUUUACCCGAAACGCCAAGGAUUACACCGACAAGUACGGAGCCGCUCUUACCCCGCACAUCGUCGGUGGAGUGAGCGCUCACAAGUGUGUGCUAGACGGCGAGGUAGUUACCUGGGACGACAACACCGGCAGCAUGGUGCCCUUCGGGUCCAACAGGACGUACGCCAAGGAGGAGCUCGAGGGGAGAGGAGGUGGCACGCGUUGGCUCUUCUACGUGGUGUUCGAUGUCCUCUACGCCGAGGGUUCUGGCGGCGGGCUGGAGGACGGGGGGACGAUGGAGGAGAUAGUGAGGGAGGCAGUGAGAAACAGUAUUGCGCCGUGCCCCCCGCCUACAGAAGUCCAGGCCGGUAAUCUCACGGCUCUUCCGCUGGACGUUCGUCGAAAGGUACUUCGAUCGAUCGUGACGGAAAAUGAGCACCGUCUGGAGUUCGUCAAGAGCUGGGAGGUCUCCGCCGGAGACGAGGUGGAACGCAAGAAACAGCUGGAUGAGUGCUUCGAGCAGCGCGCGAUACACCUUAACGAGGAGGGUUUGGUGGUCAAGGACCUGCACGGCCACUACAUGAUCGGAGACAAGAGCAAGAAGAUCCCGCUGUGGAUAAAGAUGAAGCCGGAGUACUCGGACCAGACGGAAGACAUGGACCUCCUCAUUCUCGCGGCCGGCUUCGCGAACGGCAAGAUGCGCUCCGGGCUGCUCUCCAAGUUUCUGGUGGGCGUCGCCGUGCCCAACGAAGACAGACAACCACGCAAGGAGUAUUACCCUCUCGCCAGGGUGGGCACCGGGUACUCAAUAAACGAGCUUGAAGACCUGAACGAACUGCUCAAGGACAAAUGGAAGUCGUUUGAUACGAGCGACCCGACGCACUUCGACCCACAUCGCACGGGGAUUAAGAAAUCGAGCAGGGAUGGGGUACCCUUGACGAAGUGGAUAGCGGCGGAAGACUCCGUCUGCCUUCAGGUCAAGUGCAUGGAGAUCGUCAAGGCCAGCGAUUGGCCAGGGGUCUUCUGCACCAUGAGGUUCCCUCGAGUGACCCACAUCCGGAAGGACAAGGGCUCCGAGGGCUGCCUGGACACCACGGAGCUGGCCGCCAUACAAGCCCGCCCCCGGCUAUCCGCGGCCCCCGGCGGUCACCGCCAAAACAACACCCACGGGGGACACCCCGGCUCGGGAAGCAGGAGGAACGGCCGCGACGGUGGAGGUAAGAAGAGGGGGCGGACGGGGGGUGGGAGGAAGGUGUCCGAGCUGUUCGCCAGUACUGGGGGCGACGAGGUUACGGUCAAGGAGAAGGUGUUCGUGGCGGCGAGCGGGAGGACCGCACUGGAGUUGUGCGUCGUCGGAACCAGCUUUUCUGGGGUGCACGUCCCCGACGUCAACACGAUCGACGUCGAUGCCUGGUGGGCGCCUGCGGGAUCUACAAGAAGGAAGGCCGAAGGAGGGCAUGAGGGCAGGACCAAGCAGGACAUCGAACUCCUUAUCCGUGAACACGGGGGCACGGUGACGGCGAACCCGAUGCCCACGACGUCGUUCGUAGUGGUCGGAGACACGACCUCGGUCUCGGUGAAGAACCUGAUCGCCUCCCCCAAGAAGGAGUACAACGUGGUGGGGUACCGCUGGGUCCUGGAGUGCAUCCAUCAGAAGGCGUACAAGUUCCCGUCAAUGGAGCACGUGCGAGCCUUAUCUCCCGAAGCUCGUGAGUACUUCGAGGCCGUGAAGGACGACUUCGGCGACGACUACACGGAGCUCACGGAUGCUGCACAAUUGUCCAAGCUGAUGCUCAACAUCCCCCCGACCAAGAGAGCAUGCCAAGGCGGCGGGAAGAGUGCGACGCCGUCUUGGCUGUCACCGCUGCUGGAGCUGGACGACGAGGACGCCGGGACGCUCAUGCAUGGGCCCGACUUCCUGUUCGCCGGAAAAUGCCACGUAUACUGCGAUCUCUUCACGGACUUGGGGCCAGCGGAGCCGCCAGGAGGUGCCGACGGCAACGGUAGCGGGGAUACCACCGAUCCCCGACCAGCGCGGGAGGAAAAUCCGACCAAUUCCCUGGGGUCGACGGCGCGGGCUGUUCGAGCGCACGGAGGGGAGGUGGCUCGCUCGCUGCACGCUGGCGUGACCCACGUGGUUGUGCACCCUGAAGACACCACAAGAAUCGGUGAUAUCAAGGACAGAAUGAGAGACCUGCACCACAGAGACGACCGCAGAUUCCACAUUCGCGUCGUCAAGCCAGAGUGGGUGUGGGAGUGCAUCGAGAGGGGCAGGCUGGAGAACCCCAAAUCCGAACACCUGAUCUCGCUCGCUCCGUAGACGAGUGAGGUUACUCACCCCGGAGGACUUCACCCUCGCGUGACGGACACGUACACGACCAAUCGCGAGGACGGUCCGGGGUAAUUCUAGGCCCGCACGGCGAGGAGCUGUUGGUGCUUUCUGCAGAGUGAGAGAUUAGAAGACCAACCCAUCUGUAGCCGUGUUUCUCGGAGGAUAUUGCGCGCUUCGCAUUCGACACGAGAAAACGCACCCGGUGAAAACAUUUUGUACAAAACGGGAUGCGUUAUUGUGUGGGGCGUGUGGUAUGUUUUGUCGCCCUACAGGAUUGAUCUGAGAGUGGCUUGGUGUUAUGGGCUAAUGCCUCUUUCCCAAGAAAAUAUGGCCACUGGAUGUGUUGUAUGGUGUUGUUAUGUGGGUGCAGUUGUCUUGCGUGUGCUACGGUAGUCUAUGGUAUCUCGCCUCUUUGGCUUGGCGUUGCUUUCGUUUUGAAGGAACUUGGAAGCGGAAAAGGCCAAGUGCUCUGGUUGGGAAAUACGGGAGCGUUAGACGAGCCGGGCGGUUUUUUUUUUGUGUUGAAUUUGCCACGGCAAGGGUUGUUUCGAAACCGCAGAGAAAUUACCCAAACCGGUUUCCCAAGGCUCGUCAGCUGGACCAAGCCUCCUGUGCGGUAAAGAUCGGUGUCUGCUUUCGGUGUCUGCUUGUGUGUUUUAGUCAUGCGGUGAAAGUUCUCGUAGAAGCAUACGGUUAUUGCUUAACAAUUAGAGGAUAACCGUAAACCCU